AUGGCGGCUGAGCCGCUACCCCUCGGGGUGGGGGCCACAGGGCCCCUACCCAGCUGGGAGCUGGAGGCCUGGUACGAGGACCUGCAGGAGGUGCUGUCCUCAGAGGAGACUGGCAGGCAGCCCCAGCUGCCUGGGGUAGCUGAGCAGGAGGAGCUGAAGGACCUGGCCACGCUGGACACCACAGCUCUGUUAUGGGGCCUGGACACGCCGGUGCCCGCCGAGACCCCCGAGUUAGACUCUGAGCUGCUGGAGCUGCUGAGUGUGACAGCCCCCAUGCCUGCUGGCCCCCUAGGCUCUGACUCCAGCCUCAGCUCCCCGACCCACACGGGACCUGAGGAUGAAGAGGGGGGUGCUGGAUGCCGGCGGGGCAAGCAGCUGGUGGGAGGCCGAGCACGGCGUCGCCGACGGGAGCAGGAGCAGGAGGCAGAGCGACGCGUGGCUGAGUUGACAGCGCAGAACGCACGGCUGCGGGCUGAGAUCGACCGCCUCAGUACCCAAGUGGAGGCCACGCGGGCUGCCCUCAUUGAGCGCAUGGUGAAUCUCCGGCAGGCCUAGCACCCAACGGACAGACCCUGGCAUGGCCCCUGCCACGGGGCAGCAGACUGAAGGCCCCUGUGGGACAUGUUUCCCCACCCCCGCUCCUGCCAGAGCUGGGUGCAAGCGUAGGCACUAGGAGCUGUAUUUAUUGUACAUAUAUAUCACUCUUGGAUCCUGGCUACCACCUCCUGCUGUCUCUGGGGGGGGGCUGUGCCUAGCCCACUCCCCUUUAUUUCUUUCUCUUGCCCUUAGGGGCAGGGGGCUCCAGGGGACGCCCUUCCACCAAUACCAACUGCCUCUUCAGCUCUAGCA